UAUUUUACGAAACUAUUAUGGUAGUGUAUCAAAAAUGGCGGCUUCGUCAGUGACACCCCAGCGAGUGAAAGAUAUUUUGUCAUCUUUCUUGUUCCAAAAAGAGAAUCAUAUAGAUAAUUCCAUAUGUGAAGAUUUAGUAAACACAUCCUCAACUACAGGCCUAAAUGAUACUAUCACAGACGCCGCAUCUCCUGUGCUGUCUGAUGCACCCUCCAUUAGCAGAAGCUAUAACAGUUUUAUUAAGCGUGUAGAAACCUUCUCACCAUUACAAUGGUUUGCUAAACCAGUAGAGCUGUCUCCCAUGGUCUGUGCACGCUAUGGGUGGGAGAAUGCGGAUUUUGACAUGCUUUAUUGCAAGGCCUGCAAAGCCAACCUCUGUGGAAGUCUUCCUUCCAAAAGUGACUCAUCUGCAUACAGAAAGGCUUGCAAGACCUUGGUGACAAAGUUGCUUACAGCACAUGAAAAGUUUUGCCCUAUAUCAGUAAACCCUUGCCCAGAAUCCUAUUUGAGGAUAGAUUUGGAUGACCAUGAAGGUCUGCAUCAGGAUUUUCUGCAACGUUUGAACAGUUUGCAUCAGAGUCAGCACUUUUUGCCUGAAUUAGACUAUGGACCUUUGCAGAUUUGGGGUUUUCACAAGCAUCAUGCUGCCAAGUUUAUUGAGGAGAAGAUGACUGAAAGGGACACAUUAACUCAAGCUGUCGCAUUAAGUUUUACAGGAUGGACUGUUCGUCAGGACCGUGAUCAAAUACUCACAUGCACCAAGUGUCAGCGGCAGAUAGGACUGUGGAAUUACAAGCAAAAUUCUAAUAGCAGCAUGAACAAUAUCACACGUCAGCUACUACCCUCAGAUAUUGAUGGGUCAGGUGAUUGUGCGCCAUCUUCCAAACUCCGUAAAAUUGAGAUGCAGGACCGACUGGAUCCUAUUGGAAGUCACCACCUAUGGUGCCCCUGGACUGCUCUUCGCAGGCUAACAGACAAUACUUUGAACACCUCCAUCAGCUCACUUGAUGAGUCCCAGUCCCCACCACCAGCCAUCCCAGUAUCUCACAGCUUGUCACCCUCUGCAGGUUCACUACCUAGUUCAGCCUUGCAGCCCUCUCAUGAAGAAGAUGCAGUGGUGAGCCCUCCAAACAAUAGGUCUCCUGCUGGAGGUGAUGAAGAUCAGCAUUUACCUGCCUGGGUUCUUGGUGUGCACAUCAUCACUCCUGGCUUGCUGAGCAAGUCCCAUCGCCUGUCUCAGGAGAUUAAACAAGGAACCAUGGUGGAAGGUCUCCGGUGCAUUCGUAAAGUGCUUAGCAUGUGGUCACCUCCCACAAAAAAAACUUCACAGGAAUUGUCGGAAUAGCAUUAGCAAAAGAGCAUACAUCUUUGAUGAAGAUCAUGUUGUUAUUUGAGGCGUUACAACCAGUCAAGAGAUUUCAAAACCAAUGUCAUAAACGCAAACAUAUUUCUGGAAUUGUGUUACAUACAUACGAACACUAUGGUAUCCAAUACAUAAUAAAUGUCCAUGUUUAUUUUUGUAAGUUUGACGAAGACAUUACAAAAUUGUAAACAAAUUGCUUAAAUGAGAGCAUAAAGGAUGAACAGUCUACUGAUAGCAAAUUUCAGAGAAAAUUCUUGCUAUUAAAAAACUGAUAUUACACGAAAA